UUAAAAUGCUAACCGGCAGUGAGUCAGUGCAUUACAAAAGAAAGAUAUCUCUGUGCUCUGAAAAUUCGUCAAAAAUAUUUGAAAUCAGCGCACGGUUGUGAAAUUCAGAAAUUAAAUAUUUUGUAAAUUUUUCGUGAAAAAACUGUCAUAAAAACAUAUACAAAUUGAGCAAUGAAAUUCUCCCUAGCACUUCUGCUAACCUUUUUCUUUGUAUACAGAGAGGCGCCUGCUAUUAUUUUCAAUCAAAUGGAUAUAAAAAGUGUCUUAACCAGCGGAGCUUUGGAUUUAAAUGUGUUACGAUGCUUUCUACACAAUAAGAAUAUAUGUCCAAGCCCUUAUAUAAUGUACCGUUUGUAUUCUCCGAAAUCAUCUCGUCAUGGGAUUGUUCUGAAUAUACAUAAUCCCUUAACUCUAUUCAAAGGAGAUUUUAAUCCACAUCGGGAAACAGCAUUUAUUGUACACGGUUUCAAUGGUACCGCAGUUGAUGUGCAUUUGCAGUUUCUAAAAGAUGCAUAUUUAUCUCGUGACUUUAAUGUUAUCACUGUAGAUUGGCGGCCAUUAACACGCUAUCCAUGCUACUUACAUGCUUUGAUUAACACCCGCUUGACAGCCCAAUGUACUGCGCAGGUUUAUUCUUUCCUCACGCAUCAUGGGGCAGCUCGUGAGAAAAUCACGUGCAUUGGUCAUUCCCUUGGCGCCCACAUUUGUGGUAUGAUUUCGAACCAUUUAACGAUAAAACAGCAUCGUAUUAUCGGUCUUGAUCCCGCGCGACCACUCAUUGAACGUAAAAAAAAUCACAUCUUCAGAUUAUCCAUAGAUGAUGCAAGUGUUAUACAGGUGAUUCACACCAAUGCAGGUUUCUUGGGGCAGGAAGAGAAUAUAGGUCAUCUGAACUAUUGCAUUAAUGGUGGCAGAUUUCAACCAUUUUGCAAGGGAAAUCCUAUAAGACGAUCGCGUUGUUCGCAUUUCUUAAGCAUUUGCUUCCUCGCAAGCGCUAUGUUCAAACAUAAAAAAUUUGUUGGAAUUUCCUGCCCAAAUGGCUGUAAAGAAGGAUCUCAACAUAAUCCGGUUAGUGCGAAAAAUCCUUUUGGAAUUGUUACAAAAACGGAAGAAUAUAAUAUUGGCAAUGACGCCCCUGACGACGCGAGAGGUUGCUACUGCAUCGACAUGCCGUUUGUAAAACAUUGUCCAUUCAAUGACUAGAAUUCGGUACAAUCAUCGAUGUGUGCAUAUAUAUAAUAUUAUAUUUAAGAUAUUUGUAAGGCAGUAAGAUUUUAAUAACGUUAUUUAUUUAAUAAAGUACGUUAAUUACUGUAAACUAAGGAUAGUAAUUUUGCAGGAAUGCAGCUAUAAGAAGUAAAAACCAAUUCUAAGUACAGAAAGAAUUUACAGAUAAUAAUUGUAAAUAAUUGAUUUUACCCAAAAUUCUUUUAUUAAUAUUGCUUUUAUC